UCUUGCGCUGGAGAUCUCCGUGCAGUCUCCGCCUGUCCACCCCAAACGCGCUUUGUUUCUUGCGACAAACGCCAUAAAAUGGAACGGAUAUAUAGAAUCGUCUAGCUUUUGCAAACUCCAGCCAAACAACUUUUUGACAAUCCUCCUCGUUCUUCUUCAUCUGUAACCAUGGAGACGGUGGUGAUCGUGGCCAUAGGUGUACUCGCCACCAUCUUCUUGGCAUCAUUUGUGGCGCUGGUGGUUGUGUGUCGUCAUCGUUACUGCCACCCUCCGGACUUUCUGCAUCAGUUUGAUUCCAAGCCUACAGUUGAUCUGAUCGGCGCGAUGGAGACUCAGAGUGAACCAUCAGAGCUGGAGCUGGAUGAUGUUGUCAUCACUAAUCCUCAUAUUGAGGCCAUGCUGGAGAACGAAGACUGGAUCGAAGAUGCCUCUGGUCUUGUGUCUCAUUGCAUUGCGAUUCUGAAGAUAUGCCACACUCUCACCGAAAAGCUAGUUGCCAUGACAAUGGGCUCUGGAGCAAAGGUCAAAGCACCUGCCAGCUUGAAUGACAUCAUCACCGUGGCCAAACGCAUCAGUCCAAGGGUGGAUGACGUGGUUCGAUCUAUGUACCCUCCACUGGACCCCAUUCUUCUGGAUGCCAGGGCCACAGCAUUACUACUGUCGGUCAGUCACUUGGUACUGGUGACACGAAACGCCUGUCACAUGUCUGGCAGCCUGGACUGGAUCGACCAAUCACUGCAUGCGGCCGAGGAUCACAUGGUCGUGUUGAGAGAGGCGGCUUUAGCAUCUGAACCAGAGAGAGGUUUGCCAGAGAGAGAGCAGUCAAUCUGAGUCACUCACAAGACUGUGGCAGACAUA